UGAAUUACCACACUUGAAAAAUCUUAUAAUUUUAGAUACAUUAUCUAAAAAUAAUGAAAUAAAUUUAAACGAGGAAGACAAAAAUAAUGAAAAAAAGAAUAAAUCCUCAGGAAACAGCACUAGUGUAAAAGGAAAUGAUUUAUCGAACAUGAUUGAAGUUACGUGUUCAGGUCCUUUGGAAUAUGAUAAGGAAAAACUAAAAAAGUAUAAUGAAUUAAAAGAAAAAUGUGAGAAAUGUGGAAAGAAGCUAAUGUUGUUUGAUGAUAUGACAAAGACUCAAACUAAGGAUUUCACUAUUAA